AUUUGAUUUUAUUUUUCCUGUUUCUAUAUUUGUUCAAUUUUUCUGUUUUCUGUGCGCACGCCCUCUUUGAACUGUGUUCAAAGUUUAAACUGUGCUGUAUAUUUGAACUGUGUUCAAAGUUUAAAUAUUCAGUUCCAUCUACUUUAAUUUUUGAAUCGGAGUAGUACUACGGAGUACGGAGUAGGAGAAUUAAGUAAGCUCCGUCCCCCAUCUCUGACCCCUUCUUCUCGUGCGUGCCGUGCAGGCACGCAGAACUGCCCCUGCCUUGCAUGCAUGGAUAUACUACGAAGACAAGUCCAAGUUGGGCUCAGCAUGACGCCAUUUCUUUUCGGCAAUCCCCUGUCCUAACACGGCGACGGCUCCCUUAUAUAACCAUUCACGACGCCGUGCAUUAGCAUAUAGCAUCAGAGCAAAUUAAUCCCUCUAAGCUACGGAAGGACACAACACAACACGCAACACCGCAAUGUCGACGACGACGACAUCCAAGGCGAAGAGAUCAGCUCCUGGCGGCGGUGGCCUCCAUGGCCCGAGGCCGCAGCCACUGAGCCUGACAACUUCCCCGCCGCCGUCCAAGAAACCCCGCUCCAACACCGGCGGCGCCGCCGGAUCGCCUGGGCCGGUGAUCGUGUACGAGCGCACGCCGCGGGUCGUCCACGCGCGGCCGGAGGAGUUCAUGGCCGUCGUGCAGAGGCUCACGGGCAAGCAGCAGCAGCCCACGACGACGUUGCCUGAACUAGGGGCUGCCGGCGGAGCCGCCGGAGCUAGGGAGGACGACCAGGCCGCGGACGCUCUGGUUCUCACGCUUGGGCAGCAGCAGCAGCAGCGUCCGCCGUCAUCGUCUGCUUCGUCUCCGGGCAGCUUUGCGAGCGCGACGGCGCUCGUGUUGUCUCCGGGCAGUUUCAUCUUCUCCCCGGCCACGAUGCAGGCCAUAAGGGAGCUCAUCAACUGACUUGGGAAAUUGGUUCAAGAUUUGGUGAGAUGAUCUUGCGAGAUGUCUCCGGUUCGUGAAACAAGAAAACAUGAUUGAGAAUUGCUGUAGUUCUUUUCUUCUUCUGCGGGAUGGGAGGGAUCAAUUGUUUUAUUUAGUCUAAUUGUUCAUUGAUUUGUUUUAGUCCAAUUGUGGCCGAUCACCAGCUGAUCUGUACAAUUAAAUUCAGUCAAAAAAAAAUCUGUUCAAUUAAUGCUUGAUGAUUCUGUUAUUUAUUGGUGUACAUCUCAACUUGUAUAUGAAUUCUAAACUCGAGAAAAGUUGUCUUCUCGAAUGAUUUAGGACUGAAGUAACUGAAAUUUCCGAAAUUAAUUGGGUGUCCAAUCACGAACAAAAAUUGGUGUCCAUAGCAAUUGAAUGAUUAAAAUUUCUUUCACUUAACUAAAAUCCAAAAGGUAUAAUUUGAAUUUGGCUUCAACUCAUCUGUCACCAAAUAAUUUGACCGGAAGCAAGUACAUUUGUGCCCACUUUAAUUUUACGGUCUUCGGUGAAAUUUCAAUGUUUCAUUGAAAAUGUCAACUUUACCUUGGAAGUUUUUAAAAGCAUGCACGUCCUUCUCUGAAAGCAAGAGAUGAGUUGAUUAAAAUGUCUGACAGGUUCAAACAACUAAAAAAGUUCAUGGAUGACAUAAGUUCUUACGUCUUUAAAAGCUGAAAUGUUGAUUCUAAAUACUCUAGGUUUUUUAAUUCCAUACUGUUGAUGUACCAGUAGUAGAAUUUUGUUUAUUAAUUCUUAUUGAAAUUCUGUCGACACAUAUGCUCUGCCCCAAAAAUUCCUGGGGUGUUUUAUUUGGAAUAAAAUAGGCACGAAUGGUCUGUCAUCCUUGACUUGAAAAGUGUAACAUUACUGGUUCAGAAUGUUCUUUUCAAGCUGACCAUUUUUCUCAGAAAGAAGGUGUUAGUAUCUGAUAAUCUGAAUAAACGGUCAAGAUGUAGACAUUUCAAAGUUACGUCCAGUAUGUCAGCUUAAUUUCCCUGUAAGCAACAUAUGUGAUUAGCUAGUAAUCAAACCUGUCGUCCACCUUAGAUGCAUUUCAACGCCGUAGUUAAUUUAUUGAUCCUUGUUGACUGGCGAAUCAUGAUUCAAUGACAGUUUUGCAUUUAAUUAGUUAACUCCUAGUUUAAAAAUAAGUAAAAUAAAGUCAAGCUAUUCGGCGUUUGUUUUCAGUCUUCGCAUAUUUUUUAUUACUACUGGCCCUCUUUUUCAGUCUUCGC